AUGGAAAAAGAACUGGAAAAAUACCGCGCUAGUCGAGCUGAAAAGUACAGGGAGACCAAAAAAAUCUUAUGGAGACCCUCUUUUUCUGUUCAAGGUUUGGGAUUCAGCAGAUUAAGGUCAUGGUUUCAGAGCCAUCCAGUUGAUCAUCGGGAUGAGGAAGUUUUGCCUUGGUUUAUUUUGUUCUUGAAAGUUCUCUUCUGGAUCUUACUAUGGGGUUUCUUUAUUCAGAUAGAGUUUGGAACCGUGUUUUUCUUUCUUUCAAUGUUUUAUUGGGUUUAUUCAAGCAUGCAAGCCAACAGCAGAAAACCGUGGGAACCCAGCGCUUAUUCUGUGUUCAACGAGAACUGUGAAGCCAUCGACGGAACUCUGAAUGCAGAGCAGUUUGAACGAGAAUUGAAAUUUGGAGCUGGAGCAGUUUCAGCUAAUUAA